ACAUAGCCAAAAGAAAAAAGAAAAGGAGAGAAGCCAACAACCCAUCAUCUUUCUCUCUCUAUCUCUUUCUUUUAUUUUUUUCUCUCUCCAUCAUCUGUUUCUCCUGAAGUCUGAACCCCAUUCUUUGGUUCUAUCUCCUGCUGGCUUCUCGCCAUUAAUGGAGUCCCUUGAGACAGCGGCGUGCUUCGUGGACGACCUUCUCGACUUCUCAUCGGACAUCGGCGAAGAUGACGAGGAAGACGACCACAACAGCAGUAACGACACCAACAAGAACAACGAACCUCUCUCUUCUUCCUUGACUCUGCCUUUGGACUCCAAACUCUCAAAUAACACCCACCACCAAGAACCAACUGGCUUGACCAUUUUCGACCCCGAUGAACACCAUCAUUCCUUCCCCGAGUUUCUAGAGGAAGAACUGGAAUGGUUAUCAAACGAGGACGCCUUUCCGGCGGUAGAGGCAUUUGACGAAUUCCUGUUAGGGAAGCUGAGCAAGGGCCCGAAGCAGCAGAGUCCUGUUUCGGUGCUUGAGAGCAGCGGUAACGGCGCCAUUAUGAGCUAUUGUGGCAACCUCCGUGUUCCGGUUCGGGCUAGAAGCAAGGGAAGAAGGCGCAGGCGAAAUGGGUAUUCGGAUAUUUCAGGUCAGCAAUGGUGGUGGUGGUGGGAACCCAAGAACAAGAGCAGUGGCGGAGGAGCUACCACGACAAAGGCAGCAAAGUCGACGACCACCACCACCACCACAACAAUGGGGAGGAGGUGUCUGCAUUGUUUAGCAGAAAAGACGCCUCAAUGGCGAGCGGGGCCACUUGGGCCGAAGACACUGUGCAAUGCAUGUGGGGUGAGGUACAAGUCAGGCCGGCUUGUGCCCGAGUACCGGCCGGCCAGUAGUCCAACUUUCCAAAGUGAGUUGCAUUCCAACUCUCACAGGAAAAUAUUAGAGAUGAGAAGGCAGAAGCAUAAGGAGGUGCUGCUCAAGUCAAUGGACAAAGGGUAGCUGCAGUAUGUUUGCCUUUUCUUCAUUAGAUAGUGUAGCAUUAGAGUUGUUGUAACAGAUAGAUGGUCAGUCUUUGUUUCUUCCCAUAAAUCCAGUUUUAGGAAAAUUUUGACUUCUGGUGGUGUUUCCAUUUGUAUUUUAGGAAAGCAAAAGAAAGUGUUUAUUAGUGUUAUUCAUUUAUUCAUUGCUCAAUUGCGAUUGUUUCUGGUGGAGACGAUGAAGUUUGAGUUGCCAACAGCUGUUGGCUACAAAAAUCUAUUGGCACUGUUAAUUUGCAGAAUUGGUCAUCGAAUUUGGUUGAAGAGUUGUUGGAAUGAAGUUAUUGGAUUGUGAUGGGUGGUUGUGAAAACCAGGACAAUUGGUGUUGAUGACGAUUCAAAGAGUUGGCCUUUGCUCGCAGUUGAAAAUGACAUUCAGCAAGGAGUUAAUUUGGCUAUUUUAAUCAUGUUAACUUCUAGUGAUCUAGUCGAGACUCCAGAGGUUAGAGGCAUUGGCCAACCCCUUGACCUCAAAAACUACUUGUUGGUGAGACUUUGCAGCAGAGCAGCUUGGAUUUACAAUUUUCAUUUGGAGAUUGCAAAUGAAUUACAUUUCUAAUUUCUCAUAGUUGUUGUUGGUGAGUUUACUUCAUUCAUUGUCACUCUUCCCAUCAUUGAUUUGGAUUCAGGUUUUGCAUUGGGUUGACUGAAACUAA